AUGGGGAAUUGUUAUGAUUCAAGAAAGAAUACAGUAAUUUUAGCAUUUGAUUAAGCUGAAUAUACUCAAUUGAAUUCAUAAUUUCAAUAUUAUUGUGAAUUAAGUAGUGAGUAAUAAUAUCAAUAUUAUUAGAACUCGUGAUAUUAAAUAACUUAAUUAAAGAUCAUUUGAAGAUAUAUUCUCAGAAAAUCCUACAUUUGGAAUUAAAUUAUUUAAGUUCCUUGAAUUAUAUAGUGGAAGCGAAGGUUAUGUGAAGAAAGAACCUUUGUUCGAAUUCUGUAUUAUUAAUAUUACUUACAAUAUAGUGGAGCUUUUAGUUAAAGAUGUUUAAACUACAGUUCCAGUAUUCAAGAAUCUAGAAAGAUUUGAAUUAAUGUCUUUGAUCACUUUGUAGAACUAUAAAUAUGUAAAGACAAAAGAAGAGUUGGCAUAAUUGUAAUUAACUUAUCUUGAUACUCUAAAUGUUAUUAAAGUAUUUCAAAUUAUUCUAUUAUAAUAGGAUAUUAUUAAAAUGUAUCAACAUACACAAAAAAAUACACCAACUAAUGAAAAAUACAUUAAAUCAUUAAUAGAUUAAUUAUAUAGUAUUUAUUUAAUUCUAAAUGUAGAAAAUGAAUCAGGUUCAUUAUCAUGGAUAUAAUUGAUGGAUUUUAUUUCAAAAUAAAUGCCAGGAGCUAAAUAUCUUAUUAAAAAGUAUUUUUAAGCUAAAUUUAUGGGAAAAUAAUUUAAUGUAUAUAUAAUAUAAUAAAUAAAAAAUUAGAAUACUAUUCCAGUUAUCAAUACUCCAUCAUAUUUUGUAACAGAUGAAUUAUUUUUCCAAUUAUUAUUAAGCACUUAAUCUGUACUUACAGAUUGCAAUUAAUUAACUUUAUUAUAUUCAAAUGUUGCUCAUUAAGGUGGUUUUAAUUAAAUGGUUCAAUCACUUAAAGGUAUUAUGAAUAAUCAAAAUAUUUAGAUUGUAAAUUACCUACAAUUAUGUUUUUUUAACAUGAAGAAAAAUAUGAAUAGAAAAUUAAAUAAUAGAUAUUUGGAGCUCUUACAAAUCUUAGAUGGUAUGACACUAAAUAAUACUUUGGAACCAAAAAAGAUUGCAUAUUUAGUCUCUAUCCUUAUUUUAAAAUUUAUAGAUCUAAAAAAAGAGGAGAAUAAAAUUAUUGUUUUCUUGAUUCAAAUAAAGGUAUUGGCUUUGGUGGUAAAAAUGGAGAGGGUUACAGAAUCUGGAUUGAUAAAAAUUUAUAGAAUUCAUAUUGUACUUAAACAGAUGAUUCUUAUGAAAAUGGACCUUUAAUAUUACCUUAUGUUAAAAAAUUGUAAAUCAAUAUUAUUGAAAUAUGGGCUAUUUAACAUCCUACAGAUGAAAAUGAUGAAAAUUUUGAUAUAAAAAUAGAUUUGAAAGAUCCACUCUUAUAAAAAUAAGAUGAUAUUCAAUUUUAAAAUUCUAAUGCUGAUUUUUAUUGGGUUUAAUAAUAAAAAACAGAUUAAAGACAUUCAGGAUAUUAUUGGGAAAAUAGUAAUGUAAGUUGAUAUAUUAUAUAUAUAUUUAUAAUAAAUUGCCGCAUAAAUUAUUUGAAUUUAAAAAGUUUUAUGAACGAGCUAAGUGAAUAUCCCAGUAUUUAAGUAUGAUGAACUUAUAUUAUAGUUUGAUAAUAGUCUUUAUAAUUCACUAAAAACUAAGGAUAGUAGACUGAUACUCAGAUAAAUGAGAUCAGCUAUUGAAGAAUUUAAUUAAAAUAAGCAUUUUGAUAGUGAAACCUUUACAAUACUAUAUUAUGGCAUAUAAUAAGUAUGUAUUAUGUAUAUGAGAUAGUUAUAAAAAGAUGAUAUAUUAGAAUUUUUAGAGAAAGAAGUUUUAAAGAGACAAGAUGUGUUAGAAUUUGAGAUUUUAUAGAUGAAAUUUUUAUAAGCUACUCUAGAUGAUUAAAAUAAGAAUAGGAAGGAAUAUUUAUAUUAAUUAUAGAAGGAAAUAUUAAUAUCAUUUGACUAAUAUGAUAAACAUGGUUAAAUGGGAAUAGAAACAAUAUUAUAAUUUUAUAAAACAAAAAUAAAAGAGAAUGAUAUUAAGCAAUAUUUAUAAAAUUAAGCAAAGAAAAUAAUUAGAAAAGAAAAUCUUCAUAAUUAUAUUAAAAAUAGAUUAAUACAAAUAGUAUUCAAUUCAGAAGAUUGUGAUUAAUAAAUUUCAGAUUUAUUAAUAUAUUGUGAAAAUACUGCUUUUGUUACUUAAUUUAUUACUAUUCUAGCUUAACAUAGUUUAGAAAUCUUAUAAAAUGAAAGUAAUUCAUUAAAAUAAGUAUCGAAAGUAUUUGAAAGAGUAAGUGCUCAAUUACCUAAUUUAUUUAAUUAAAAUUUACCAGUUUUCUUGUAAUUUUAUGAUAGUGAAGUAUAUAUAUUAUAUUUAUAAUUAGUGUUAUUGUCUUAGAAAUGCUAUUAAUACUAUAAUCACAAAUAUUUUAACUGAACAUUUGAAUCCAUCUAAAGUAGAGUAAGAUAUAGAAAUGAAAGAAAAUUAAUUAAAUUAAAGACUAUUCCUUAUUUAAAAAUUAUCAUCAAGAAUUAUAGAUAAAAAUGCAUAUGCUAGAGUUCACACUUUAAAAAUGUUAAGAGUUGUAUGCUCAUAAAAUCUAAUCCCUCCAAAUGUUUAAUUAAUGAUGUUUCCAUUAGUUAUUGCAAGAGUUUAAGAUGUCUCUUCAAUGGUUAGAAAGGCUGCCUUGGCAUUUGUUAAAUAAAUUACAAAGUACAAUUUCAAAAUAUAUAGAAUUCAAUCAGAUUUAUGAAAAACCUAUUUGUUGAUGGGUUAUAGAUGUAAAAUUUUAUGAAGAUAACUGAUAUAUAGGAAUAAAAUUAAUAUUUAGGAAAUGAAAUUCAUAAGACUUUAAUAGCUAUUGAUUAAAUAUUAGAAGAUAAAGCAAAUGCAUAAACUGAAGCAGAAUUCAAAGAAUUAGAAGAUGAAGAAAAUUUAGUUGUAUCUAAUUUAAGAGAAAAGAAGAAAUUAUAAUCAGUAUUUAUUUAAUAUCAAGAAUUUAUGGAACUCUUAUAAAAGUUAUUACCAAAUAUUGAAUUAUUAUUAAAUAGCAAAUGCAUAACUGAUAUUUAUAAAGCAAUUUCCCUUAUUAGUUUUUUAUUUAAAUAGAAAAUAGAAAAUACUGAUGUUGGUAUUAUGAAAAUGUUAAUACACUCUAAUAAUCCUUAAAUAGUGAAUAAAUUAGCUAAAAAAUUCUAUAUGUUAUUUAUAGAAAAUGAUAAUGAAUAAGUACCAAUUAAUAAUCUAAUUCAUUUAUUAAAAAUUUCAUCAUCAAAAGAAUAAAUUUAUCUUGAAGAACUUAUUCGAUAUAUGAUCAAAUAAAAAAUGAUAUAAGAAUCUACGAUUGAAAUCGUAUGGACUAAUUUUAUAAGAAAUUAUACUGCUAAUCAACAUGAAUAAUUAAAUUAGUAUUCUAAACUUGUUAGAGUUACAUUUGGAUAAUAAUCUAAUCUUUUAACAAGAAUGAAAUUAGAUUAAAUAAGUAAAAUAAUUGAAGGAUAAAAAAAAGAAGUUAAUUGGAUUACUGUUAUAGAAUUAGCUAAAUUAAUUUAUUAUUUAGAAGAUAAAGUACUUGUUAAAAAAUAUUUUUAAUAAUUCUCAUUAAUUUUAUAUUUUUAUUUUGGAACACCUAAUAAUUUAUGGUUUGUUGCUUGUUAAGAAAUUUUAAAUUUAAUAUAAUUUUUACCUGUUCCAGAGAGUAUAUAUGAUUACAUAAUUAAAAAAUUUAGUUUUAAAGUUUUUUAAAUGGGAAUGACACCUAAAAGAAGGUAUAUAUCUUAUUUUUAUUAAUUAGUACUUAAGAUUUUCUUGAAGAAGAAUCAACUUUAGUAUUUAAUAAUUAAUGCAUACAACUUAGUUAAUUAUUAUUUAUUGUUGGUUAAUCUGCUUUGGCAAUCAUUCUUCAUAUUGAUGAGAUAGAAAAUUAAUUGACACAUUUAAGAAAUGUAGAGGAAGCUAAAGAAAAUGAAUUGGAUAAAAUAUAAGGUGGUUGUGAAGAAGAAUACGAAUAUAAUUGUGUAUAUUUAUAGACUUUAUGCAAAUAUAGUAUUUAUUAUUAUAAAUAUAAAUAGGUGUAAUUUAAAAAGGAUUUUAUUAAAAUUUUGCACCAAUAGUUCUAGAAAUAUUAACUGAAAUUGAAGAAGAAAAUGUACAAUUAUCAAUAUUACAUAAAUCUGCAGGUUUAUGUUUAUGUAAAUUUAUGUGUUUAUCUGAAUAAUUUUGUGAAGAACAUAUAGAAAAAGUGUUUAAAUUAAUAUAAAAUCCAAAUUCAGAUGGAAUAUUUAAGAAUAAUUUAAUAGUUGCUAUUGGUGAUCUAUUACAUAGAUGGCCUAAUACAGUAACAUCUUAUUGUAGAUAACUUUUUGAUGGGUUAAACAAUUAGGAUUUUAUUGUAAAAAAAACAUCAUUAAAUAUGUUAUCACAUUUAAUAUUAAAUGACAUGAUAAAAAUCAAAAGAGAAAUUACUGAUAUAGCUAUGUUAUUGACUGAUCCUGAUGAAAAUAUUUAGUAAUCAGCAAAAAGAUUUUUUUUCCAAAUAUAAAAGAAAGAUUCAAGAAGAAUAUUAAAUAGUUUACCUGAUAUCAUAUUUAGUAUGUCAAAUGAAGAGAGUAAUGAUAAAUAUAAAAUGUUUCUCAUGAAUACUUUGAAAUACUUAGAUAAAUAGACUGAAUAAUUGGUUGAAAAAUUGUUGAGAAGAUUAAAAGAAAAUAUUAAUGAAUUUGAAGUAUAAAACAUAGUUUUUACAUUAUCAAAACUCUAAAUGAAGGAAUCUUUAGCAAGAAAAUUUUAUGAAUGCUAUCCAUAUUAUUAAGAAAGAUUAGAAAAUCCAUAAAUAAAAGAGUAUUUCUAAAUUAUUAUUUAAAAAGUAUAUUAAAAUUUUUAUAAUUAGUUAAUGAAAUGUGGAUUAAAUUAAGAAAAUAAAUAAAUUUUAUUAGAAUUUGAAGAGCUGCUUAAUCGAGGUGAGACCAAACGUAGAGUGUUAGGAUCUAAAAAUAAAUCAUAAAAAUCAACUAGAUCUCAUACAAAUUCACAAAGAUCAAUUGGAUAUACUAAUAUUUUAGAUUAAUUAUAUACUUAAUCUACUGAAUUUUGA